AUGUACUUCAUUUUGCUAGCUAAUCACUUUUUCUUUGAUAGAGAAUUUGCAUAUUGUCAAUUCAUGGAGUGUCAUUUUCAUUCUGAGUUUAUUCAUAUCUAUCUAUUUAUCACAAACUGGUCAUAUUUAUCUAUCCAUAUCUAUCUAUCACAGUCUGUUCAUAUCUAUCACAAUCUGUUCAUAUCUUUCUAUCCAUCUAUCACAAUCUGGUCAUAUCUAUCUAUCCAUCUAUCACAAUCUGGUCAUAUCUAUCUAUCCAUCUAUCACAAUCUGGUCAUAUCUAUCUAUCCAUCUAUCACAAUCUGGUCAUAUCUAUCUAUCUAUCUAUCUAUCCAUCUAUCACAAUCUGAAUCUGGUCAUAUUAUCUUAUCUAUCUAUCUAUCCAUCUAUCACAAUCUUGAUCUAUCAAUCUAUCUAUCUUCCAUCUAUCACAAUCUGGUCAUAUCUAUCUAUCUAUCUAUCUAUCCAUCUAUCACAAUCAUUAUCUAUCUAUCUGAUGGAUCCAUCUUGAUCUGGUCAUAUCUAUCUAUCUAUCUAUCUAUCCAUCUAUCACAAUCUGGUCAUAUCUAUCUAUCUAUCUAUCUAUCCAUCUAUCACAAUCUGGUCAUAUCUAUCUAUCUAUCUAUCUAUCCAUCUAUCACAAUCUGGUCAUAUCUAUCUAUCUAUCUAUCUAUCCAUCUAUCACAAUCUCCAUUAUCUAUCUAUCUAUCUAUCUAUCCAUCUAUCAAUCUGGUCUAUCUAUCUAUCUAUCUAUCUAUCCAUCUAUCACAAAUCUGGUCAAUCUAUCUAUCUAUCCAUCUAUCACAAUCUGGUUCAAAUCUAUCUAUCUAUCAUCCAUUAUCAUAUCUCUGGUCAUAUCUAUCUAUCUAUCUAUUCAUCCAUCUAUUCAUCUAUCUAUUCAUUAUCUAUCUAUCUAUCUCUAUCCAUCUAUCACAAUCUGGUCAUAUCUUUUCUAUCUAUCCAUCUAUCUAUCUAUCUGGUCAUAUUAUAUAUCCAUCCAUCUAUCAUCUAUUCAUCAUAUCCAUCUAUCUAUCUAUCCAUCUAUCUAUCACAAUCAUUCAUUAUCUAUCUAUCUAUCCAUCCAUCUAUCCAAUCUGGUCAUAUCUAUCUAUCUAUCCAUCCAUCUAUCCAUCUAUCAUAUCUAUCUAUCUAUCUAUCUAUCCAUCUAUCACAAUCUGGUCCAUAUCUAUCCAUCUAUCUAUCUAUCCAUCUUCAUUCAAUCUAUCCAUCCAAUCUAUCUAUCUAUCUAUCUAUCUAUCUAAUCUCUAUCAUCUAUCUAUCUAUCUAUCCAUCUAUCAUCUAUCUAUCUAUCUUCAUCUAUCUAUCUAUCUAUCUAUCCAUCCAUCUAUCCAUCCUAUCAUCCUAUCUAUCUAUCCAUCUAUCUAUCCAUCUAUCUAUCUGUCAUAUCUAUCUAUCUAUCUAUCUAUCUAUCCAUCUAUCAAUCUAUCAUAUCUAUCUAUCUAUCUAUCCAUCUAUCCAUCCAUCUAUCUCUGGUCAUAUCUAUCUAUCUAUCUAUCUAUCCAUCUAUCCAUCACAUCUAUCCAUCAUCCAUCUAUCUAUCUAUCUAUCCAUCUAUCAUCCAUCUUCUAUCUAUCUAUCUAUCCAUCCAUCCAUCAUCAAUCUGGUCAUAUCUAUCUAUCUAUCCAUCUAUCUAUCAUAUCUAUCUAUCUAUCUAUCCAUCUAUCAAUUCUGGUCAUAUCUAUCUAUCUAUCCAUCUAUCUAUCCAUCCAUAUCUAUCUAUCUAUCCAUCCAUCUAUCUAUCUAUCUAUCUAUCUAUCUAUCUAUUCAAUAUCCAUCCAUCUAUCUUCUAUCUAUCUAUCUAUCCAUCUAUCAUCAUCUCAUAUCUAUCAUCUAUCUAUCUAUCUAUCCAUCUAUCCAAUCCAUCUAUCUAUCAUCUAUCUUCUAUCUAUCUAUCCAUCUAUCAAAUCUUCAUAUCUAUCUAUCUAUCUAUCUAUCUAUCCAUCUAUCAUCAUCUAUCAUAUCAUCUAUAUCUAUCUAUCUAUCAUAUCCAUCUAUCAAUCUUUUCAUAUCUAUCUAUCUAUCUAUCCAUCUAUCCAUCUCAUAUCAUCUAUCUAUCUAUCUAUCUAUCUAUCUAUCUAUCUAUCUAUUGUAUUUAUCCAUCUAUCUAUCUAUCUAUUCUAUCUAUCUAUCUAUCCAUAUCUAUCCAUCUAUCUAAUCUGGUCAUAUCUAUCUAUCUAUCUAUCUAUCUUCUAUCUAUCCAUAUCUAUCCAUCUAUCAUCAAUCUGGUCUUUCUAUCUAUCUAUCUAUCUAUCUAUCCAUCUUCUAUCAUCUAUCAUAUCUUCUAUCUAUCUAUCUAUCUAUAUCUUUCUAUCUUCUGAAUCUAUCUAUCUAUCUAUCUAUCUAUCCAUAUCUAUCCAUCUAUCACAAUCUGGUCAUAUCUAUCUAUCUAUCUAUCUAUCUAUCCAUAUCUAUCCAUCUAUCACAAUCUGGUCAUAUCUAUCUAUCUAUCUAUCUAUCUAUCAUUUAUCCAUCUAUCACAAUCUGGUCUAUUAUCUAUGGCAUCUAUCCAUCUAUCUAUCAUAUAUUCUAUCUAUCUAUAUAUCUAUCUAUCUAUCUAUCUAUUAUCAUCUAUUCUAUCUAUCUAUCUAA